UAGAACAGGGUUGUGCUGUGUGUGUAGUUAUCAUAUUGUAUAGGGGCUUCUUUGCUUAUUUCCCUUCAUGUAUAUGUGCUGGCCUGUUGGCCCGAUGGAAUAUAGGCUCACUUCAUAACAUGGUAUAAGAGCUAGGGUUAGGUUCCCCAGCCGCCGCCGCCGCCUCUGGUCGCCGCGGCCGCCGCCGGCCGCCGCUCCUCUCUUCAUCGAGCCUCUCCCCUCUUCUUCCUGGUAGCUGCUGCCGCCUGCUGGUCCAGGCCGCCGCCGUUCCAGGCCGCUGCUGCCGCCGUCCUUCCCGGCCGGCGCCGCCGCCUCAACGUGCUGCUGCUGCUCUUCAACGAGCUGCUGCUGCUGCUGCUCCUCUUCUCUGCUGCUGCUGCUGCUCUUCUUCAACGAGCUGCUGCUGCUGCUCUUCUUCAACGAGCUGCUGCUGCUGCUCUUCAAAGUGCGGCUGCUGCUGCUCUUCUCCUCCUGGUCUGCUGCUGCCAUCAAGCUGUGCCUCCUGCUGCUGCUGGUCUUCAACGAGCUGCUGUUGCUGCUCUGCUGCAAUGGCGCCCUCCACCACCACCGGUGCUGUCCCAGUCCCACGAUGUCCUGUUAUCUUCAACGGACAGAACUACAGGGACUGGGUGCAGCACAUGAAGCUGCACAUGAGGGGCCAGCUGGUCUGGGAGCACCUCUCUGGUGCUCUGCCUUGUCCCCUGCUGCCCACUCCUCCAGCUGAGUUGGCCUUCCCUGUUGAUGCCGAUGAAACCAAGCAACGUGAGAUGCUAGAUGCUUUUGAAGAGGCCACUGAAGAGUAUCAGAAUCAACUCCACUUAUACAAGCAAUGGACAAAUGAUGAUGCUCGAGCCUUUUCUAUCUUGGUGAACGGCAUGGAUGUUGAUCUCACCAUGGAUGUGGUGGCCCUUACCACUGCAUAUCAGAUGUGGGAGCACCUUCGCCAUCGCUAUGAGUCUACAGGGGAUGCCAUGUAUCUCUCUGUUGUUCGUCAAGAGCAACAACUACAACAGGGAGAUGCUACUGUGGAUGAUUUCUACAAGGAGAUGUCGGCGGUGUGGCGCCAAUUGGACUCUCUGGGAGCUGAUGUUUGUCACAGAUGUCAGUGUUGUGUGCGGCAACAAGCUAAGCUGGAGGUUCGUCGCCUCUACGACUUCCUCACUCGCCUCCGGCCGGAGUUCGAGCAGAGUCGUGCUCAGCUAUUGGCACGCCAUCCUCGGCUCUCUACUCUGGAGGCCCUUGCUGAGGUGCGAUCUGAGGAGGUGCGCCUACGGAGCACGGGCUUAUUGCCAUCCUCUUCAGCAGUCCUGGCUGCCCGCGUUCCACCACCGCUGCCUGGUGUGCCCUCUUCUACACAGGUGGCAGCAACCUCCACUAGUGCUUUCUGCAACUACCGCAAGCAGGAUGGUCACAUGAUCACGGAGUGCAUCAAGAGGAGGAAACAGGGUCGCCGUGGUGGCCGUCCUCAAAAGGACUCAGGAGGCUCCUCUAAUUUUCGUGAGGGCUCCCUUGAGAAGGUUCACCAGGAGAUGCUCACCUUGCUGCGCCGCCUUACUGCUUCUGCACCAUCCUCAGGUUCUGCUGGUUCUGCUGGUCAGACGUCUGGUCCACCACCGCACUCUUCGUCAGACUCUGUUGCUAAAGGACAUGUUAUGCUUCCCUACUCUAUUCGUCACUUUAUAAGUGCAGACACACAUUCAUUGGUUUAUGUGAAGAAAUACACUGCUAAUGUCAAGAAGGAUGAGCCUAUAAUGAAAAUGUGUCCGUUGCAUUUCAGUAUGCACGAAAAAUAUGUGCAUGAUAACAGCGAUUUAGGCGGUUAUGAAAAGGACACUUGGAGGAACACCAGUGUUCCUUUAGAAAAUGGCAAUUUCUUCCAGAAAGCUCCUAGCAAUGAGCAUCUUCUGAGUGCAGAUGCUGAUAGUAUUUCUGAAUCCAUGUCAGAACAGAAGGUACUUAUUAAGCAUUGGCUUAUUGGGCAACUUAAAGAAUUGGCCUUUCAUGCUGAAAAUUCUGAGAUAAGUUCAGUAGUUUUACCAGCCAAAGUUUUGAUCCAUUUUGAAGUGGUAGAUGGGAAACUAAGAAAAGGAGAUGAUUUUCUCUACCUGUUAACAAUUACUUUUGAAAACCCUGCUUACAACAAUUCACAAGGCAAUGUUGAGAUUACUUGGAAAGCCCCAACUGAUGAUUUUGAAAACUUGGAAUUGAAUUUCGGGAGGUUGGAGCUGGGUGAAGCUUUAUCAUUUGAUUCUGUUGUGGACGAUGGCUUCGACAAUGAUUUUAAGCUGACUCGAUCUUCGUUAGGUUGGAUGGAGAAUGCAAUGUCGGAUGUGACAAAAAGACUAUCUGUGCUCGUGUCUUCAACUGCUCUGAGGUUAUUUAACAGGCUAAAGCUUCCCUUUCCUGGACAUGUUCUUGUCCAUGGGCCUCGAGGUUCUGGGAAAACUGCUUUGACACGGGCUGCUGCAAAAUACUUCGAAGACCAUCAAGAGAUACUAGCACACAUAAUAUAUAUGGAUUGUUCCAAACUUGCAAUUGGCAAGGCUAAGGAGACAAGGCAAACAAUUGAAGAGAGCAUUUCUGAAGCUUUGCUUCAUUCACCUUCUAUCAUCAUAUUUGAUGAUCUAGACAAUGUAAUUUCAAUCUCUUCAGAUCCUCAAGUAUCCCAAUCGUCCAGUUCUUCUGAUUCGCUAUUAAGAUACUUGACUGACAUCCUGGACGAGUACAAGGAUAAAAGUCGUAAUGCAUGUGGAUAUGGACCUAUUGCACUGAUGGCUUCAGUUCAAUCACUUCAGAGUCUUCCUCAAGAGCUGACAUCAUCUGGGAGAUUUGAUUUCCACGUUGAACUCCGUGCUCUUGCCAUCCCUGAGCGUGAAGCACUAUUGAAACAUCAAGUUGAGGAGCAUAAGUUACAGUGUUCUGAGGAAAUUAUUUCAGAGAUAGCGUCGAAAUGUGAUGGCUAUGAUGCAUAUGACUUGGGAAUUCUGGUUGAUAGGGCUGUGCACGCUGCUGCCUCUCGCUUUGUCCUUCCUUCUGCCUAUUCGAACUCUGUAAACCCAACGCUGGUGAAGGACGACUUCUUGAAAGCGCUGCAUGACUUCCUUCUUGUUGCCAUGCGUGAUCUUAGGAAAUAUGCUCCUGAUGGUAAUAAUGGUGGUUGGGAAGAUGUUGGAGGGCUUAACGAAGCAGUAACUAUUAUUAAAGAGACUCUUGAAUUGCCAUCAAAAUACCCAAACGUCUUUACUAAGGCACCCGUACGGAUGCGGUCGAACAUCCUCCUCUAUGGGCCACCUGGAUGCGGUAAAACACAUAUUGUGAGGGUUGCAGCUGCAGCUUGCUCUCUGCGGUUCAUUUCAGUCAAGGGUCCAGAGCUGUUGAAUAAGUACAUUGGUUCUUCCGAGCAAUCUGUUCGCGACUUUUUUGCAAAGGCUGCUGCGGCAGCACCAUGCUUACUAUUUUUUGAUGAAUUUGACUCCAUUGCACCCCAACGAGGAACACAUAGUGCAGGAGUUUCUGAUCGUGUUGUCAAUCAGUUCUUAACUGAACUAGAUGGUGUCGAAACCUUGACUGGAGUAUUUGUAUUUGCUGCUACAAGCAAACCACAAUUAAUUGAUGCGGCACUCUUGCGCCCUGGAAGAUUCGAUCGUCUUGUCUUUUGUGAUUUUCCUCGAUGGGAUGAGCGUGUAGAAAUUCUGAAAGUGCACUCUAGGACGGUUUCACUGGCAAGUGAUGCCAGUUUGGAAGACGUUGCUUCCUUGACUGAAGGAUUUACUGGUGCUGAUCUCGCAGCUAUUCUAACAGAUGCUGGGUUGGCAGCGGUUCAUGAAGUUCUGGACAGCAGGCAGGACGGUAUCCCGGAAAGAGAACCGUGUAUCAGCAAAGAACUUCUCGUGUCUGUUGCUAUGAAGGCUAGACCUUCUACACCAGCUGAUGAUAAGUCGGGGUACGAUAAGGAGUUUGGCGAAUUUGUGUCGUCCAGGAAGUCCCUUUCCACGAAGGCUAGAGAGUCGAAAGGCAAGAAGGUGACGCUGGCUUGACUACCUCCUUCAAGAUUGACAACUAACUACAUGGGACAAAUAAGAUGUUUGGUCUAGUUUCUCUGAUACCCAGAUGGCGCGGAACAAAAGAACCCGGCUAAGGCUACCUUAUUUUGUACUACCACAAAAGAAGGAAGGGAUCUGCACAAAAUUCUGAAUUGAGAGUGAAAGUGUUGCCAUGUACCGUGGAUAUGUGACACUGUACUUACCAGUGUGUCCUAGUUUUCCUAAUCGAAUUAAGAGCGUCCCCGCGUACGGAAGACACAUGCUAACACAGAGAGAG